AUGAAGACAAAAGAGCAGCAUACGAAGGAUGGAAUUACUGGAUUGCCAGACGAGAUCCUCAUUGCCAUCCUGUCUCUUUUGACACUUAAGGAAGCUGCAUGCUCUAGUAUUCUCUCACGCAGAUGGAGAUAUUUAUGGAGAUAUACAACUGAUGAAAUGAGGAUUUCUCUUAAUUUUCGUGACCAAUACCCUCGCGAUAUCAAUGAUUGGAUUAAGUUUGUUAUCGAAAAGGGUGCUCAAAGGUUUAAAUUGGAUGCAUUGGGUGGCACUCAUCCUGGCCGGUGGCGUACGUUUUACAAAUUUUCAAGCACGGAAAACUUUAAAAUCUUAUUUAGGAUUUCACACAGUCAUCAUGUGUCAUGGAGUAUUGGUUCUGUAGCUGGCUUUUGUUCCCUAACAGCUCUUCGAUUGGUUGGUGUUGAUAUCACGGAGGAGAUGCUUGAGAAUUUCCCUAUUCAACUGUCCGUUUCUUGA